UGGGAACAAACCUAGCCUUGAGGUUGAAACCCGGAGUCACCGAGUGAGUUCACUCUCGAGGAAACAGUCAUUCAAUUCGGUUCGUUUCUUCUGAUUCGCGUUAAAUAAGUAAAUUCCAGUUUUCCAAGAUGAAUAUCACCUCUGCAGCUGGUAUCAUAUCGCUUUUGGAGGAGCCGAUGCCCGAGCUCAAGCAGUUCGCCCUGAAGAAGCUCAACCUGAUAGUCGACGAAUUCUGGCCGGAAAUUUCUGAAGCUAUUGAGAAAAUUGAAGUUCUUCAUGAGGACAAAGGUUUCAACCAGCGAGAAAUGGCAGCGCUGGUAGCUAGUAAGGUCUAUUACCACUUAGGCUCUUUCAGAGAUUCUUUAAAUUAUGCUCUGGGUGCUGGGCAGCUCUUUGAUGUCAACUCUAGAUCUGAAUAUGUUGACACCAUAAUCGCCAAAUGUAUUGACCAUUACACUACCUUAAGUGUGCACAAUCUUGAAAACCCAAAUGAUUUCAAACACAUUGAUAAUCGACUUGAAGCCAUCGUAAAUAGGAUGUUUCAAAGGUGUCUCGAUGAAGGACAGUACAAACAGGCUCUUGGAAUUGCUCUUGAAACAAGAAGAAUGGAUAUUUUUGAAAAAGCUAUUAUGCUUUCGGAUGAUAAACCGGCGAUGCUUUUGUAUGCUUUCCAAGUAUCAAUGGCCCUUUUACAAAACCGUGGUUUCCGAAAUACAGUCCUUAGAAGUUUGGUAAACUUGUACAGAGGGCUUGAUGUUCCAGACUACGUCAACAUGGUCCAAUGUCUGAUCUUUUUGGAUGAUACAAUGGCCAUUGCCCAGAUCUUGGAAAAGCUCUGCAAAGACAGUGAGACAAGUACUCUAAUGGCCUAUCAGCUCGCUUUUGACAUCUAUGAAUCAGCGACUCAACAACUUGUUGGAAGGAUUGUGCAAGCUUUGAGCGCAACCGCUCCAAUACCUUCACUUGCAAGAGCGAAGGUUUCUCACACCACCACCUCCCCAGUUGUUGAAGGCAUUGUCGAACCUGCAGCCGAGUCAACGUCUCAAGAGCGAGAUCCUAGCACUUUGAAUGAUGACGAGAAAAUGUACCAAAAUAGGAUAGAAAAAUUAACGAGGAUAUUGAGUGGUGAAGUUUCCAUUGAACUACAUCUCCAAUUUCUUAUAAGAUCAAAUCAUACUGACAUGCUGAUAUUGAAAAAUACAAAGGACGCCAUUCGUGUAUCAAUCUGUCACACAGCCACAGUGAUCGCUAACACUUAUAUGCAUGCUGGUACCACCAGUGACCAAUUUCUAAGGGACAAUUUAGAAUGGCUUGCAAGAGCUACGAACUGGGCUAAAUUGGUAGCAACCGCUUCACUUGGAGUUAUUCACCGAGGACACGAAUCCCAGGCAUUAGCUCUAAUGUCCACAUACCUGCCCAACGAGCCUGGUCCGUCCUCUGGUUAUUCCGAGGGCGGUGGUUUGUAUGCUUUGGGGUUGAUCCAUGCCAAUCAUGGUGGUGCAAUUACAGAUUACCUUCUCCAACAGCUUAUGGAUGCCAAAAACGAAAUGGUAAGACAUGGCGGAUGCCUCGGAUUGGGCCUUGCAGCAAUGGGCACACAUAAAUCCGAUGUGUACAAUCAGUUGAAAAUGAAUCUUUACCAAGACGAUGCUGUCACGGGUGAGGCUGCAGCGAUCGCAAUGGGAAUGGUGAUGUUGGCGUCUAAGUCAACUCUUGCUAUUGAAGAUAUGGUUUCGUACGCUACGGAAACACAGCAUGAGAAAAUUUUGAGGGGUUUGGCCGUCGGCAUCGCCCUGGUUAUGUACGGCCGUUUGGAAGAGGCAGACUGCCUUAUCGCCACUCUCAUCAGUGACAAAGAUCCAAUCUUGAGAAGAAGCGCUAUGUACACCUUGGCGAUGGCAUAUUGUGGCACCGGUUCCAACAAGGCGAUCAAAAAACUUCUUCACGUUGCUGUUUCUGAUGUUAAUGACGAUGUUAGGAGAGCUGCUGUCAUGGGCUUAGGAUUCCUUUUGUUCAGAACACCGGAGCAAUGCCCGUCUGUCGUUUCUCUAUUGGCCGAGAGCUACAAUCCUCACGUGAGAUACGGAGCAGCCAUGGCCCUGGGAAUCGCAUGCGCUGGGACUGGCCUGAAGGAGGCCAUCGCUCUUCUUGACCCGAUGACGAACGACCCGGUGAAUUUCGUCCGGCAGGGAGCCCUCAUCGCCUCGGCCAUGAUACUCAUCCAGCACACCGAGCAGACUUGCCCCAAGGUCAAGGAUUUCAGGGCUUUGUAUGCCAAAGUGAUAGUCGACAAACACGAGGACGUCAUGGCGAAAUUCGGAGCAAUUCUGGCUCAAGGAAUAAUCGACGCAGGUGGCAGAAAUGUGACCCUGACUUUGGAAUCGAGGACAGGCCAUACCAACAUGCUCGCCGUUGUCGGGAUGCUCGUGUUCACCCAGUAUUGGUAUUGGUUCCCUUUGGCGCCAUGCCUGGCUUUGGCUUUCACUCCUACUUGCCUAAUCGCCCUGAACCAGGACCUAAAGAUGCCCAAACUUGAGAUCAAGAGCAAUGCCAAACCAUCCAUGUUCGCCUACCCACCACCGCUCGAGGAGAAGAAACGCGAGGAAAGGGAAAAAGUAACCACUGCAGUUUUGAGCAUCGCUGCAAGGGCCAGACGCAGAGGAACAGCCGGAAGAUCAGACAGCAAAAUGGAAGUGGAUGAAGAGAAAACUAAAGAAGAAGAGAAAGAAAAAGAAAGAAAAGAGAAAGAAGAAAAAGAGAAAAAGGAAGAGAAAAAACCAGAGCCUAACUUCGAAAUCUUAAGUAAUCCUGCCAGAGUUAUGAAAAAUCAGCUUAAGGUAAUAUCAUUGGUCGAUUCUGGCAGUUAUGUACCACUGAAGGAUGUAUCAAUCGGUGGCAUUGUCAUGGUUCGCCAUGUCAAAGCAGGCACUGAAGAUGAACAACUUGUCGAGCCUGUCGCCGCUUUCGGCCCGAAGGCCGACGAUGAGAAAGAACCCGACCCACCAGAGCCAUUCGAAUACACUGAAGAUUAAAGACAUGUGUCUUAGAAGAAGCUGCGGUCGAUGCUUUCAAUGGGAUUCAUUACUUUUUAAUUUAUUUUUUAAGAAUUCAUUAUUAAAAAUCAUGCAUUUUCUGAGAGUCUUUGUUACUGAUAAUAAUUGUACUAAGUACUACUGCUAAAUAUACUUAAAUAUAUCACCCCUUCUUACAGUU